AUGACUCUCUUCGAUGGCGUCUACCCCUUCUACCUGCAGCAGAGGAAGCACUUUGUGUUCGAUGUCAGCACCAUCAUAGUGAUUAUUGUCUUCCUGACGUUCGCUUCCAGCUUCCUGCUCAUCAUCCCAGGCAUCCGUGGACGGGCGAGGCUGUACUGGAUGCUCCGAGUUCUCCUCAGCCUGGUGGUGGGAGUGGUGAUUGUUGCUGUCCAGUUCACGGGGGACUGGGAGAGCGGAUGGGUGACAGCAAACACCUCCUACAAGUCCUUCAGCAGUGCCAUGGUGAAGGCAGACAUCGGGCUGCAUGUUGGCCUGGCAGGGGUGAAUGUCACGCUGGUGGGAAACCCGGUGAAUCAGGUCAAUGAGACCAUCAACUACAACGAGCACUUUGCCUGGAGCUUUGAUGCAGACUACGACCACAGCUACAGCGAGGGCCUGGAGAAGGGGCUGCCCAGCCCCAUCCUCUACGUGGCGGAGAAGUUCACCACAGAAAGCCCCUGCAACAUGCACAGGCAGUACCGCAUCUCUGGCCACUACGCGUCGGCCACUCUCUGGGUGGCCUUUUGCACGUGGCUCAUCUCCAACAUGCUCUUCUCCAUGCCUGUCCUAGUCUAUGGAGGCUACAUGGUCCUGAUCACAGGGGCUUUCAUGAUCUUUUCAUUGCUUUCCUUCUCCACUGUGAGGAACUCACUGAUAUGCCCAAUCCAAUUUGGGACCGCAUCCCUGCUCAUAGACUAUGGGGGAUCUUUCUGGCUCACGCUAGUGAUCGGCUUGCUCUGUUUUGUGGUUGGGAUCACUAUUGUCGCACUGCACUACUUCAACUCAGACCUACUGAAAACUUUCUUUGACCUCCAUGAGGUCAGAGAAGAGGACUGCCAAGAGAUGACUGAAGUGUACAUCAACCCUCAGUUCAUGAGCAACACACAAUCUCCUCCUCACCCCUCCAGAAUUAGCCCCAGUGGCAUGUAG